AUGGCGAUCGAGUGCGAAGCAGGCACCCAGCCGGGCUCGGAGAUCGCCAAAGAUCUGGCUGCCCAUCUGAGCAUCCGCGGCCCCCACGGCGCAAACGGCACAUCGACGAACGGCCCAGCCGACGGGAAGAAGGCCCCGUUCAAGGCCUCCAACUCCUAUGUCCAGCUCAACCUGCCCACCGGCGGCUUCCGGGAGCCCAAAUCCAACGAGGAAAAACGCCAGCUGAUCUCGCGCGACUUCAGAAGUGAUACGAUGACCGCACCGACAGAAGAAAUGUUCGAGUUCAUGAAAAACGCGUCGAUCGGUGACGACGUCUACGGCGAAGACGCCAUGACGAAUAAAUUCCAGGAGAAAAUCGCGCAACUGACGGGCAAGGAAGCUGCUGCGUUUUGCGUCAGUGGCACCAUGACCAACCAACUAGCCAUCCGCACCUGGCUCACCCAACCACCUCAUUCAGUCCUCUGCGACUCCCGCGCUCACAUCCAUAACUACGAGGCCGGCGGUAUCGCCUUCCAUUCCCAAGCUACUACUAUCCCCGUCAAGCCCAGCAACGACCACACGCUGACGCUGGAGGACGUCCAAGAAUCGAUCAUUCUAGGCGAUGACAUCCAUUACGCGCCGACGAAGCUCGUCUGUCUGGAGAACACGAUCCGAGGGCUCGUCCAUCCGCUGGAAGAGAUGCGCAAGAUCCGGGAUUUCUGCCACGCGAACGGAGUGAUCACGCACUGCGAUGGGGCGCGGAUCUGGGAAGCCUCCGCCAAGACGGGACACUCGAUCGCCGAGCUGUGUGCGCCGUUCGACUCGGUCAGUCUGUGCUUGAGCAAGGGCCUUGGCGCGCCCAUCGGCAGCGUGCUCGUCGGGCCACAUGACUUCAUCAAGAAAGUCCGCUGGUUCCGCAAGAUGUUUGGGGGCGGGAUCCGCCAGUGCGGCUCGAUCGUCGCCGCCGCCGACUUCUGUGUCACCUAUAACUUCCCCCGGCUCGCCGAGACCCACCGUCUGGCCCGGCAUCUCGCCGACGAACUGGCGAAGCUGGGCGUCCGGAUCGCGUUCCCGGUCGAGACAAACCACGUCUUCAUCGACCCUUCCCCGAUCGGCAUCGAGAUCGACGAGCUCAGCCGCCGGGCACUCGAAGAGCUCGAGAUCCGGCUGACCGGCGCCCGGCUGAUCGUGCACAUCCAAGUGAGCCCGAAGGCCGUGGACGACCUGGUCGGCUUGGUCCGGCGGAUGAAGAGCACCAGCAUGCCAGCCACGCCCAGCGGCUUGACUUCCGACGACGACGAGUUGUCGUUCAUUCCUCGAGCCCUCGGUCAUCGGACUUGA